AUGGAAAAUGCCCAUGCCAAAACAAUGGAAGAGUGCCUGGCUUACUUUGGAGUAAGUGAACAUACAGGCCUCUCUCCUGAGCAGGUGAAGAAGAAUCUGGAAAAAUAUGGACCCAAUGAACUCCCAGCUGAAGAAGGCAAAACUAUAUGGGAGCUGGUGGUGGAACAAUUUGAAGACUUGCUUGUGCGAAUUCUCCUGCUUGCAGCCUGCAUCUCUUUCGAACGAAAUGCUGAGAAUGCCAUUGAGGCCCUAAAGGAGUAUGAACCUGAAAUGGGCAAGGUCUAUCGAUCUGACAGGAAGGCGGUACAGAGAAUAAAGGCCAAAGACAUAGUCCCUGGUGACAUUGCAGAGGUGGCAGUUGGUGACAAAGUUCCAGCUGAUAUCCGCAUCAUUUCCAUCAAAUCCACCACUCUGCGUGUGGACCAGUCUAUUCUGACAGGUGAGUCUGUCUCUGUGAUCAAACAUACUGAUCCUGUCCCAGAUCCCCGGGCUGUAAAUCAGGACAAGAAGAACAUGCUGUUUUCUGGUACCAACAUUGGUGCCGGCAAAGCUGUUGGUAUCGUCAUCGCCACAUGCGUGAGCACUGAGAUUGGUAAGAUCCGCGAUGAAAUGGCGGCCACAGAGCAAGAGAAGACACCAUUACAGCAGAAACUGGAUGAGUUUGGUGAGCAGCUGUCCAAAGUCAUUUCCCUCAUCUGUGUGGCUGUCUGGCUCAUCAACAUCGGGCAUUUCAACGACCCCAUACACGGAGGCUCCUGGAUCCGCGGCGCCAUCUACUACUUCAAGAUUGCUGUUGCCCUCGCUGUGGCUGCCAUCCCAGAAGGCCUUCCCGCUGUAAUCACAACCUGUCUAGCUCUGGGGACUCGCCGUAUGGCCAAAAAAAAUGCCAUUGUCAGAAGCCUGCCCUCAGUGGAGACCUUGGGCUGCACCUCCGUCAUCUGUUCCGACAAAACUGGCACUCUGACUACCAACCAAAUGUCGGUUUGCAAGAUAUUUGUUGUGGACAAAAUAGAGGGAGAUUUUUGUGCCUUGAAUGAAUUCAAUAUCACUGGUUCCACCUACGCCCCAGAAGGAGAAAUAUUUAAGAAUGACAAACAAGUCAAAACUGGACAAUAUGAUGGUCUCGUUGAACUGGCCACUAUUUGUGCCCUUUGCAAUGACUCUUCGCUGGAUUUCAAUGAGGGGAUCGUGGUCCAAGAUGAAGAACUUACUUUGGAAAGGGUAAAGUGUGAAACAGGUAUUACACAUCAGUCACACAAGAGCAAGAAUGACCUGACCUUUGUGGGCUGCGUAGGAAUGUUGGAUCCUCCCCGCAAAGAAGUCUCAGGAUCCAUUGAACUCUGCCGUGAAGCUGGCAUCCGCGUCAUCAUGAUCACCGGNGUCUCUUCUGAGGUGAUCAAACAGCUCAUGAAGAAGGAAUUCACCCUGGAGUUCUCUCGUGACAGGAAGUCCAUGUCUGUCUAUUGCUCUCCAGCCAAAGCUUCCAGGGCUGCUGUUGGUAACAAGAUGUUUGUCAAGGGUGCCCCCGAGGGUGUGAUUGACCGCUGUAACUAUGUCCGUGUGGGCACC